AUGCAUGGCGUGGUGGAAACUUCAGCCCCUGCGCGCUCUGGCUUGGGCUUCUCCGUAGUCCACCAGAAGGUCGAGCUGGAUAUCGAUUUCGUGAACCGGAGUUUGAAAGGAAAAACUGAAAUUACCAUCCAACCUCACUGCAAAGAACUCAAAACCAUCCGCCUAAAUUUCCGCCAGGGAGAACUGAAACGGUUGAAUGUCAGUGGGAAAGCUCCGACAACGAAAUAUACCAACCCCUACGACUCCUUCCGACUAUACGGCGUCAAUCAACACCAGAAACUCUCCAAGAGACUAGAACCUCUUCUCAAGAACCCCCCAGAUCCCGAGUUAGUUGUCACGGUCCCCAAGUCUGUCCGAAUCGAUGAGUUGGAUCCCUUCUCUGCGGAAGCACAGCUGCAGCUGGCGCUGCGGACUAGCGGCGGUGCAGAUGACACGGCAGAUGGCCAGCUGGCCUCAAGGGCUACGGAAACAUCGCUGCCAAAAUACACAAUGUUGACCGUGAAUGCGGAAUUCACCAUCGAUCGCCCAAAGGAUGGUUUACAAUUCGUUGGGGUUGAGAACAGUGAUCGCCGUUACCCGCACGUCUUUACGAUCAACUCGCUGGAACCAAUUGGUGGAUGUUCUUUAUUUCCGUGCGUUGAGGAUAUAUCUUCAAGAUGCACGUGGGAUAUAUCGAUUCGCUGUCCCCGAACCCUGGGGGAUGCACUUUAUCCCAAGGGACGAGAAUCUCAGGUAACAAACGGAGCGACUAAGGGGUGGAAUGCGUUAUUGCGCAAACUAGGGAUAUCUGCUGAUGAUGAAUCGUUAGAUAUGGUCGUGACCUGUUCGGGGAAUUUGACUGACGAAAUUAUGGAUACCAAAGAUCCAACAAAGAAGACAGUGUCAUUCUCCUGCUCAAGCCCGGUAUCUGCGCAACAGAUUGGCUUUGCUGUUGGACCUUUCGAGUACGUCAAUCUCUCGGAAUAUCGCGAGAGCGACGAGGAUGACCAACUUGGACAGAAUGCUAUACCGGUUCACGCAUUUUGUCUUCCAGGUCGUGCAGACGAAGUCAGGAAUACCUGUCUACCAAUGGCCAAAGCUAUCGAUUUUCUCUCUCUCAGUUAUGGGUCGUACCCAUUUACCAGCUAUAAAAUGUGUUUCGUCGAUGACCUCCCUUCAUCCGCAUCUGCGACCGCUGCGCUAUCCAUUUGCAGCAAUCGUGUUCUUUUCCCGGAGAAUAUAAUCGAUCCUAUCUACGAGUCCACCAGAUGUCUAGUUCAUUCGCUAGCUUCCCAGUGGAUAGGCGUUAGCAUCAUUCCCAAGGAGCCCACGGACACUUGGGCCAUUUUUGGCAUCUCUUACUAUAUAACAGACACAUUCAUGAAGAAGUUAUGUGGCAACAACGAAUACAGGUAUCGACUGAAGCAGAUGUCGGAUAGAAUUUGCGACCUUGACAUAUUACGACCUUCGAUCUACGACAUGGGUCCACUGUUGCGAUUGGAUCCCUCAGAGGCCGAGUUCAUAGCUUUGAAAGCACCACUUGUCCUCUACAUUCUGGAGCGGCGGCUUUCCAAAGCUAGUGGGAAAGCGACUAUCUCCCGAAUAAUCUCCCGAAUAUUCUUGCAUGCUAGAAUGGGUGACCUUCCGAACGGUUCUUUGGCCACUUCGUUUCUUCAAAAGAUCUGUGAGAGGUUGGGACACACGAAACUUGACCAAUUUUUUCAACAGUGGGUGUAUGGUGCUGGCUGUCCUCGAUUUUUAGCCACCCAACGGUUCAACAAAAAGAAACUAGUCGUUGAAAUGAUGAUUCGACAAGUUCAAUCCGAACAACCCACCGUCCGAGACCUAGAUAAACUGACAUUCAUGAGAGAUGUUAAAGAGGAAAUAAAAAACGUCUAUGCAGGCGCUGUGCAACAUGUAUUCACAGGCUCUAUGACUAUUCGAAUACACGAAGCCGAUGGGACGCCGUAUGAACAUAUCGUUGAGAUCAAAGAAGGUGUCACCAAGUUCGACAUACCAUAUAACACCAAAUACAAACGCCUGAAGCGCAACAAGAGACAGAAAGAACGUGCAGCUGCCGCAUCUGGUCUAGAUCCAAAUGCCGAGCUUCAAGAUGACGUCUUACUCUACUGCUUGGGAGAUGUCCUCCAAUCUGAAGAGGAGAUUCAAAAAUGGAAACUCGUUGAAUGGAGUAAAGAGGAUGAGGACCGAAUGGGCCAGGAAUCUUAUGAGUGGAUUCGAAUGGAUGCUGAUUUCGAGUGGAUAUGUAAAAUGUCACUUACUAUGCCCGGGUACAUGUAUCUAUCUCAACUACAACAAGACAGAGAUAUUGUUGCCCAGCUGGAGUCAAUUCAAUACAUGGCUGCCCAGCGCGAGCAUCCUCUCAUAUCAACCAUUUUUAUACGUACUCUUAUGGAUCGACGAUAUUUCUAUGGAAUUCGAGCAGCGGCUGCCAAGGCUCUCGUAAAACAUGCCAAAGAGGAUGUUGACUGGAUCGGCCUAUUCCAUCUUGAAAGCGCAUUCCAGGAACUUUUUUGUUUGCCUGGUUCUCCCAUGACUCGUUCCAACGACUUUUCAGACCGGUCAUCUUAUAUUCUCCAGCUCACUAUACCCCAGGCCAUCGCACAGGUUCGGGAUAGCACUGGAAAGACACCAAUGAGGGUGAAACGCUUUCUCUACGAUAAAUUAAAGUUUAAUGAUAAUUCCAACAGUGAGAUUUCGGAUUGUUAUUACGUGGCGGCGCUCAUGAAAUCCAUAUGCGAUGCUUUACUUGGACGAAAGGAAAACGAACCCCGUAACAUUGACAUGGAUUUCGAUAUGGAAAUGGAACUUGAGCGCCAAGCGGAACAACAACUUGAUCGAGAUUGCAUUGCAGAGAUUGACCGAUAUAGACGAAUGGACGAGUGGACGAGCUCUUUUCAGAACAUCUACGCGAGAACUGCAAUAGGAUGUCAGCGACGGUUUAUGCAGGCCGGCGUGAUUGAGUUGGACCUCGUGCAGUUCCUCCAGUAUACAAGAGCAGGCACCUACGAAAUGCUUCGGCUAGAUGCUUUCGACAUCCUGAUUGAGUUUGACAUCUUCCAAAUCCCCGAGCUACUCACCUGGUUUAUUUACGUAAUGUCGACGGACCCGUCUCCGUGGAUUCGACACAACCUGCAUCUCGCCUUCGGUAGAGGUCUAGCUGCCAUCGCUUUCGGCGAGCGCACCGGCGAAAACAAACCAGAACAUUCCAACAACCUGAUCAUCGAGCAAGAGUCAUCCACGGAAGUCCGUCAGGCUAAUCUUGCCCGCAAGCAAACCGUUCCCGGAGCGAUUGAGGCAUUGAAGCAGGAACUUGGAGGCAACACAACCUUAAAGGAGGCGUUGUGGGCAGCAUGCAAUUCCUCCGUGGUCGGCACAGCGGAACUAUCCAGUUUCGUCGAUAUUUGUAGCGUCAUAUACGAACCCAUCGAUAAAAUUAUGGUUUCUCUGAAGUAUCCUCGGUACUGGAAAAUGGAAAAUCUUGGACGUGGCAAGCUCCGAUUCUUCAAAGGGGACCGUUUCCGUACCGCAGCUGUAUCGAAAGGAGGAGGAGGAGGAGGAGGGGCCCCUCCCGCUCCUAACGGUGCUCUCAAGAGGAAGCGGGAGGACGCCGCCCCUCCGCCCCUUAGCCAUAAACUCACUCUCAAAGUCCCGAAACUCUCUCUAUCCUCGUCCCCUGGAAACACACAACCCACCCCGCAAUCAACAACCAUCCCCAAGCUGAAAUUGAAGUUCAAGUCCGGCUCGUCCACGCUUGCUCACUAA